AUGGCCGAUAGCGAGAAGCUUCCCCUACUCAUGACGACACACGGCAGAUUAUCCCAUAGACAGUCGUUCUACAGUUUGGUGGAUGGCCGGUGGAAGACCACUCAACUCGCCAUCUUAGACUGCAAGCGCAUACUCGGCUCCAGUCACGGAUGGCUUGUCCUCGUGGACUACGUUAGCGGCGAAUCCUGCCUGUGGAAUCCGGUAUCGAUGCGCGAGAUCAGCCUUCCCUACUUGGAUGACUCGUUAUUCUACGAUCGGUGUGUCCUGACUGGGCCUCCCACCGAGCCCGACUGCCACAUCAUCUUUUGUUCAGACGAUACCGCGAAGCGGACCGUAUUUCGAGUUAAGGAUGGCAGCAUCGUCGGUUUGCCACCGGGAGAAGCGGGGGGAGGCGUCGAGCUCAUGGCCUUGGCCUCCUUUCAAGGGGAGAUGUACGGCGUCGUCGACCCAGUCAACGGUGGGGGCUACGAGUUUGUGACCGUCCAUGUGGUCAACGGUGGGGUCGAGUUUAGACCAUUGUUGGACGAGUUGGGUCGAACCUUAAAGGUACCGAUGGCAAGGAUCAAGUGCGUGACAUGGCACGAGAACCGUCUGAUUGAGGCACCGGACGGCGGUGGGUUCCUACUCGUCAUGAAGUUGUUCAGAGGCUAUCCUCUCGACGACGGUGUGGAAUUUAAGGUCUUCCGGGUUGAGGUUGGCGCCACCCGGGUGGGGUGUGUGGAGCUCGACAGUGUGGAUGAGUGGACUAUCUUCCUUAACUAUUGGGGGGACGGGUUUUGCCGUAUCUCUGAGAGACGAGUAUGUCGACCUAAUUCUAUAUAUUUUACAAAUGAGAAAGGCAGAGCGGUAAAAGUUUACGACUUGGGUGAGAAGAGCACGACCACAUUUCUACCUUUCCGUGGUGCGGGACGCUAUAUGUCGGUUAGCUGUUGGGUUGACCUUCCAAACAUUCCUGAGCCUGAGCCUGAGCCUGACCAUGAGCCUGAGCCUGAGCCUGACCAUGAGCUUGAGCUUGAGUCAUGA